ACGAGCUUCUUUUCGGUUUACGAAUCCGCUAGUCAAGAAGGAUGGGUUUUCCUUAUGUAUCGAGCCAUCGAUAGUCUUCCGUCAUGGCGUGCAUUCUUUUAUUUCAUUACAUUGAUUUUCUUUUUGGCGUGGCUGGUUAAAAAUGUCUUUAUAGCCGUCAUUAUUGAAACAUUCGCUGAGAUUCGUGUGCAAUUUCAACAGAUGUGGGGCUCACGAGGAGCACCAUCCGAUAUCGAAGCAACAAAAGUACUUCAAAAAGCGGAUGAUAGUACAUUGAAACUAGUGAAUAUCGAUGAAAAUAAGAAGAAAGGCGUUGCGCCAGCUAUUUGUAUGAAAAUUGUACAAUCACCUGUGUUCACGACUGUUGUGAUGAUUGUUGUUCUUGCGAACACGGUAUUUACAGCAAC